AUGGCGUGUAGGACGCUGGAGCUGACGCUGGUCUCCGCGAGGGACCUCCGUGCCGUCAACCUCGUCUCCAAGAUGGAGGUCUACGCGGUGGCCUACCUAGCCGGCGACCCGCGGUCGCGGCAGCGCAUCCCCACCGACCGCGCGGGCGGCCGCGACCCCACCUGGAACGCCACCGUCCUCCUCACCGUCCCGGCGUCGGGCACCGGGAGCGGCGCCGUCCGCGUCGUGCUGCGCACGGAGCGCGCGCUCGGCGGCGACCGCGACGUCGGCGAGGUGCUCCUCCCGCUCCCCGACGUCCUUGCUGGGGCCGGGGACACGCCCACGGACGCCACGGUCGCCUGCUUCCCGGUCCGCAGGAUCGGCUCAAGCAAGCCCCAAGGCGUGCUUAACCUCUCUUACAAGCUUGGCGGUGUCGUCCACCCUGACCACCUUGCCGCCCGGACCGAGGGGGGACCCCCGCCGGUGCAGGCAGGCGAUCAGAGUCCGACGAUGGCGUACUUGGCUGCCGCGGCGACGGCGUACUCGGCUGCGCGGCCGCCACAGUGCUUGCCGCCUAGUACACCAUACGCAGCGGCGUGUGUGGGUGCGAGUGCGACAUCGACAAGCAUGCGGAGCAGCCGGUGGAAGCUGCUUAAUUAG